AUGUUUUCCCCUGUGUUACGGUGGGGCGGCAGUGGUAUGGCGGCACGAGCGACAACAACACAGGCCAACAACCUGCUUCGCUUCGUGGUGGCGCGCGCCAUCUCCAAGAGCAGCGAGGUGAACAAUUCUGACUUUAUGACGAUCCGGACGGAGAGCCAGAACCAUCCGAAGCCGACGGCGGCCAGCAGCCGUAACUGCGACAGCAAGCAACAGAUAAGACUGAAGAAGGUGUCGAGAACUCUCUCGACGCUCAACUCAUCCGUACCGGAAGCGGCCACACAUACGGCCGUCCCGAAAAGCGAGAGCCGCGAGUUUAUGGCCGUCUUUCCCGAUGUGGUGCGCGAUCUGACCGCGUACGCCAGCAAGUACGACAAGAACGUGGCGACCAAAUGGUUCGUAAAGGCGCUCCAGUACAAUGUCCCCCAGGGCAAGAAGAAUCGUGGAUUGGCGUGCGUACUUGCAUACCGGAUGCUGGCCCGUCCGGAAGAACUUACACCGGAAAACAUUCGAAGGGCACAGUACCUUGGAUGGGCGAUUGAGAUGCUACAUUCGAUGUUCCUGAUCAUGGAUGACGUGAUGGAUGGUAGCGUUACGCGCCGCGGUCAACCGUGCUGGCACACGCUGGACGAUGUGAAGCUGGCGGGCGUUAACGAUGGCAUCAUGAUCGAGGCGGCCAUAUCAAACCUAAUCAAAACACAGUACGGCAACGAGCCGUACUAUCCGAGGCUGCUGGAGCUGUUUAACGACAUGAAGUUUAUCACGACAAUCGGCCAAUCGCUCGAUCUGCGUUCGGCCAAGCUCGAUGUGACGGAUUACACGAUGGAUCUGUACAAAUCGAUCGUUUUCCACAAGACUGCCUACUACACUUUCUACCUCCCGGUUGCGGCGGCCAUGCAUCUUACUGGCUACACCGAUCCGGAGAUGUUCCGACAGGCGAAAACGAUUCUGCUCGAAAUUGGACAGUUCUAUCAGACGCAGGAUGAUUUCUUCGAUUGUUUCGGUGAUCCGGCGGUGAUCGGUAAGGUCGGUACCGAUAUUGCCGAGGGCAAGUGCAGCUGGCUGGCGGUGGUUGCGAUGCAGCGUGCAACCGAGGAACAGAAGGAGAUCAUGAAGGCGUGCUAUGGAUCAACGGAUCCCGAGAACAUUGCCCGAGUGAAGAAGUUGUACGAACAGCUCGGACUUCCGACCACCUACAGCAUCUACGAGGAAGAAUCGUACAACAUGAUCAAAACGCACAUCCAGCAGAUUUCGCGUGGCCUUCCGCACGAACUGUUCUUUAAGAUAAUGGAGAAAAUCUACCGGCGCGAAGCGUAA